AUGGUGCUGCUGCAUGGCGUCCUCAACGUCUAUGUCGACAAGGCGGAGCACCUGCCUCGCACGAUCAGAACCCAGGUCUCAUCUGUCGUGAAGCGCUUUGUGUGCUGCGGCCUUGGGCCUGCGCUGUACGGCUCCUGCGACCCGUACGCCGUGCUGGAGCUCGCCGGCACGCGGCGCCUGCGCACAAGCGUCAUGUCUGGCGACACAAGUCCCCAAUGGGAGGAGCAGUUUGAGGUGUACGUGGCAGACGAGACCGACGAUAUGCGGGUGGUGGUCAAGGACGCCGACCUGGUCGGGGCGGAGCAGCUGGGGCAGGCGACGUUUGACGCGGCGCAGUUCUUGGAUGAGCAAAUGCACAACCUGGUGCUGGAUCUGGUGGAUGCACAGGGCAAUCCCGUGGGCCUGAAGCUUCCAGGGGAGUUCCGCCAGGCGCGCAUCCACAUCUACAUUCAGUACCGCAGCGUCGAGACGCAGAGGAAGUUUGUUGCCUCUACAGGACCGGUCAUCAGGGGCGAGGUCCCCCGCACGUACUUCCCAAUGCGCACUGGCAACAAGGUGAAGCUGUACCAUGACGCCUACCAGACGCCAGGGCCCCUGCACGACAUCCUGCUGGGGGAUGGCACCCCUUACCAGGAGACCUCCUGCUGGGACGACGUGUAUGAGGCGAUCCAGGGGGCCAAGCGCUUCAUCCUCAUCACCGGCUGGAGCGUCUGGACCGAGACGGCGCUAAAGCGCCAGCCCGCCAGCCCUGAACGCGCGCCGCCGCUGGGCCAGCUGCUGCUGGCGAAGGCGGCGCAGGGCGUGAAGGUGCUGUUGCUGGUCUGGGACGACGCCUCCAACAACCUGGGGGUGGGGGACGGCCUGAUGGCCACGCACGACAACGAGACCUACGCAUUCUUCAAGGGCACGGACGUCAAGUGCGUGCUGUGCCCCCGGCAGGGCGGCGAAGAGGACAGUAUCAUCCAGUCUGUGACGCGCACCUCGUUCACGCACCACCAGAAGACCAUCAUCGUCGACGCGCCGCCGCCGUCGUCCGUGCCACGGAAUGCACAUCCGGAGGUCUCCACGAGACGCCACGUGGUGUCAUUCGUGGGGGGCCUCGACCUGUGCGACGGCAGGUACGACACGGGGGACCACCCCAUCUUUGGGACUGACGGCCCGGGCGGCCCCCACGAGGGAGACAUGCACCAGCCGUGUAUUGAGGGGCUUGUGGCGGAGCGCAGCGCGCCGCGGGAGCCAUGGCACGACAUCCACGCGCGCAUUGAGGGGCCGGCAGCAUACGAUGUGAUGAUCAACUUUUUGGAGCGCUGGUCAAAGCAGGCCGGCUCUCGGCGUCAGAAGGACAUCACCACCCUCGACGACACCCUGGACGUGCACAUGCCGCGGCCCCUGAUGGAGUACGUGAUGGCUGUGAUCAAGGCUCAGGACCCGGGCUUCAUCCUGUCGGACCCCUCAGACCCCGACAGCUGGGGCGUCCAGGUUGUGGACCGCUCCAUCCACACGGCCUACAUCAACGCGAUUCGCCAGGCUCAGCGCUUCAUCUACAUCGAAAACCAGUACUUCCUGGGGUCCAGCCACCUGUGGGAGGGCGACAAGGAGGCCACCGCCACGCACCUCAUACCCGCUGAGCUGGUGCUCAAGAUCUGCGCCAAGAUCAGGCUCGGCGGCUAG